AUGGCGCGGGGCGCGGAGGGCGCGCUGCUGCUUCUCCUGAUCUGCUUUGACUUUGGAAAUGGACUCCAUUUUGAGGCCUUACACUCAAGAAAUGAAAGCAAGCUGCUUCUUAAACACACUCACCCAGUGAGACAAAAGCGCGCCUGGAUCACUGCUCCUGUGGCCCUCCGGGAGGGAGAGGACCUGUCCAGGAAGAAUCCGAUCGCCAAGAUACACUCUGAUCUUGCAGAAGAAAAAAAACUAAAAAUUACCUACAAAUACACUGGAAAGGGGAUCACAGAGCCGCCCUUCGGCGUGUUUGUCUUUAAUAAAGACACCGGAGAACUAAACGUUACCACCAUUCUAGAUCGAGAAGAAACACCAUUUUUUCUGCUAAUUGGUUACGCUUUGGAUGAAAGAGGAAACAACUUAGAGAAACCAAUAGAACUCAGAAUUAAAGUUCUUGACAUAAAUGACAACGAGCCAGUGUUCACACAGGACGUCUUUGUUGGGUCUGUUGAAGAGCUGAGCGCAGCAAAUACACUUGUGAUGAAAAUCACCGCAACCGAUGCAGAUGAGCCCAACACUCUGAAUUCUAAAAUUUCCUAUAGGAUCGUGUCUCAGGAGCCUGCUAAUUCUCCAGUGUUUUUCCUAAAUAAAGAUACAGGAGAGAUCUACACAACCAGUAUUACCUUGGACAGAGAGGAAUACAGCAGCUACACUUUGACAGUAGAAGCAAGAGAUGGCAAUGGACAAAUAACAGAUAAACCAGUAAAACAAGCUCAAGUUCAGAUUCGUAUUUUGGAUGUCAAUGACAAUAUACCUGUAGUCGACAGUAACAUGUACGAAGGAUCAGUUGAAGAAAACCAAGCCAACGUAGAGGUUUUACGCAUAAAAGUGUCCGACGCAGAUGAAGUAGGCUCCGAUAAUUGGUUAGCAAAUUUUACUUUUGCAUCAGGAAACGAAGGGGGUUAUUUCCGCAUAGAAACUGAUACUCAAACUAAUGAAGGAAUCGUGACCCUGAUUAAGGAAGUAGACUAUGAAACAAUGAAGAAUCUUGACUUGAGCAUUAUUGUCACUAACAGAGCAGCUUUUCACAAAUCAAUUAAGGAUAAAUACAAGCCAACAUCCAUUCCCAUCAAAGUCAAAGUGAAAAAUGUGAAAGAAGGCGUUUAUUUUAAAAGCAGCACAAUCCGAUUUCACACUAGCGAGAGCAUGGAGAAAUCAAGCCAGGGCCAAAUACUGGGAAAAUUCCAAGCUUUUGAUGAAGACACUGGAAAAGUAGCCAAUGUAAAAUAUGCCAAAUUUGAUGAUAUAGACAAUUGGAUCUCUGUGAAUUCUGCCACCUCUGAAAUUAAACUUGUGAAGAUUCCUGAUUAUGAAUCCAGAUAUGUCCAAAAUGGUACAUACACUGCAAAGAUUUUGGCUAUAACAGAAGAAUAUCCUAGGAAAACCAUCACUGGCACUGUUGUUGUCAAUGUUGAAGACAUCAAUGACAAUUGUCCCACGUUGGUCGAACCUGUGCAGACCGUCUGUGACAACGUGCCGUUUGUGAACGUGACCGCUCAGGACCUGGACGGACCUCAAAACAGCUGGCCUUUCAGUUUUUCUGUCAUUGAUAAACCAGCCGGAAUGGCAGAAAGAUGGAAAAUAGUACGCCAAGAAGACACCAGUGUGCUACUGCAACAAACCAAAAGACAGCAUGGGAGAAGUGAAAUUCACUUCCGGAUCGCAGAUAGUCAAGGCUUCAGCUGUCCUGAAGAGCAGAUCCUUAAACUCACAGUUUGCAAGUGUGUGGAAGGCAGUGGCUGUGUAGAAAUGUGGGCUGACUCCUACGUUGGCCUGGGACCUGCCGCAGUUGCACUCAUAAUUCUUGCCCUUCUGCUCUUGCUACUUAUACCACUUCUACUGCUGGUGUGCCAUUGUGGAAAGGGCGCCAAAGGCUUUACCCCCAUCCCGGGUACCAUAGAGAUGCUGCAUCCGUGGAACAACGAGGGGGCGCCACCUGAAGACAAGGUGGUGCUGCCUCUUCUGGGGGCGGAUCUCAGAGAUGGUGCCGCAGUAGGCGCUGGGGCAGGCGGAGGUGUGACGGCCAAGGAAGCUCUCGUGAAAGGAGGCAGCUCCGCCUCCUUCACCAAAGGGCAGCAGGAGAUGUCCGAGGCAGAAGGCCGCUGGGAAGAAUACAGAAGCCUCGUCUCGGGCGGAGCCACCCAGGUUACGGGGACGACCGGGGCCAUGGUGACCUCGGACACCUUCAGGACCACGAGAGCCACGGGGGCGGCCAGAGAAGUGGCCGGAGCUCGAGCAGGCGCGGUGGCGGUGAACGAGGAGUUCCUGAGAAGUUACUUCACUGAGAAAGUGGCCUCUUACACCGAGGAAGAUGACAUCCACACAGCCAAAGAUUGCCUUCUGGUUUAUUCUCAGGAAGAAACAGAGUCUCUCCGGGGUUCCAUCGGCUGCUGCAGUUUCAUUGAAGGAGAGCUAGAUGACCGUUUCUUAGAUGACUUAGGAUUGAAAUUCAAGACCCUCGCUGAAGUUUGCUUGGGUCGAAAAAUAGAGAUGGAUGCAGAAACUCAGCAGAGGGCAAAACCCACAAGAGAAGCAGAUGAGAAGGUAGUUUCACGGUCCCUCUAUGAGCAAACCAGGCUUAACUCCAAGAACGCUUGGAGUGGCAGCUUUCAGGGUCCCAAGCCUUUGCAUGAGGCAGACACAGAGAAGGUAACUCAGGAAAUAGUCACUGAAAAGUCUGUUGUAUCCGCUAGGCAGGCUCAAAAGGUCGCUGCACCACUUCCUGAUACACUGGCUUCCAGCAACAUGAUAAUGACUGAAACGUCCUAUGCCACGGGCACCACGGGGCCCCCAAGCACAGUGGUCCUGGGCCCCCAACAGUCCCAGGGCCUGAUCGUGACCGAACGGGUCUACACCCCGGCGUCCACCCUAGGGAACCAGCAGUACGCUAGCAAGGGGCACGUGGUGGUCACCGAGAGGGUCAUCCAACCCCACGGGGGCACGUCUGGCCCCCUGGAAGACACCCCGCCUCUGCCCGACGCUCACUAUGUCAUGGUGCAGGAAAGAGAGCGCUUCCUCACCCCCAGCUCCAGCCUGCAGCCCCCGCUGGCCACGCCCAGUGUAGCCUCAGGUCAGAACGUGACAGUGACCGAAAGAGUGCUGACGCCAGCCUCCACGCUGCAAUCUAGUUACCAGAUCCCUGCCGAAACCUCGGUAAUGGCCAAAAAGACUGUGGUUUCUGCAGCUGGAGUCCCGGGUCCCCUGCCAGACUCAGGCUUAGAGGAGUCUAGUCAUUCUAAUUACACGAUAACCACAUCUUCCACCAGGGUCUCCAAGCAGAGCACCAUCCAGCAAUCCUUCUCCUAA